CACAUCUUGUUCUCUCUGUUCGUAAACAAGCUUUUUUUUUCAUGUCUCCAUAUUCGUAACGUUUGGAACGUUUUUGACGGGAACGGAAUUUCCCAAAUAAAUUAAUUUAAUUUUCAAAAUUAUAAACAAAUUGCACAAAUUCGGCCGGCAAAUUCAAACUGAGAACAAUGUGUAUUAACCACCUGCAACAACACAUUACACCAUCGCGAAAGCUGUGCCGUGAGGGUCGUGUGAGUUUGGUCUGUUAUUUGGUGACAAUAUCGUUGAUUUUAUUGCCAUCCAUACCACAACUCUACUAUGGAGCGGUGCCAAAUGUGUGGGGAGCCCGAAUGUGGGGACCGGCAUUAUAUUUUGCCCUCAUCUGUAUGGUAAUACGGUUUGUGCUGCGCGACAUAGAUUAUCAGGUUGGCAUACGAUCGGCAUUUCUGGGCUUUGUGGAAGCCAUUAGCAUAUUGGCAAUUUGUUUUGCACCCGAAGUCUGGAAACAAUUCGGCACAUAUGGUCUGUUUAUGGCAUUUUUUCAUUACUCCGAAUUCCUGGCCAUUGCCUAUUGCAAUCCGAAAAGUUUAACCGUGGACUCAUUUAUGUUGAAUCAUUCAUGGGCCUAUGGCAUGGCUGCUGCUGCCAGUUGGAUAGAAUUUGUAUUGGAAGUUCAAUUGUUGCCCAGCUUUAAAGAUAUCUACUAUCUGUGGCUGGUGGGCGUAUUAUUGUGUAUAUUUGGGGAAGUGGUACGCAAAACCGCAAUGGUUACGGCAAGCAGUAGUUUUACACAUUUGGUCCAAUACGAAAAAGCCGAUGAUCACAAACUGAUCACACAUGGCGUCUAUGCAUACUCACGACAUCCGUCCUAUGUCGGCUGGUUCUGGUGGUCAAUUGGAACACAAAUAAUACUUCUGAAUCCUGUCUGCAUUAUUGCCUAUACGAUUAUAAGUUGGAAAUUCUUUCACGAUCGUAUCUACUGUGAAGAGUUUUCAUUGCUGAAUUUCUUUCGUUCCGACUAUAAGACGUAUCAGCAAAACGUUCCAACGGGUUUGCCAUUUAUUAAGGGAUUUAUAUUGGAAUAAAUGGCGUCAAAAAACAUAUAGAUUUUCCCAAAACAAGAAGUCUGUUUUUUUUUGUUUUAUUUUAUUUUAACAAACAAAACAAAUUUUGAUAUGUAUUUUAUUAUUUUGAAAAAAAAAAAAAAAAAAACCAACAACAGUAUACAAGAAAUAACAAAAUUUGCCAACUAAUUAGAUUAAUUUCCCUGUCUAUGAAUAAUAAUUGUAUUUUGAAACGGAAAACAAAAGAAUUAUAUUUCAUGUAAAAUGGACAUCAUCAUUAAUUAAUUUUAAUUAAUCAUAUUAUAAAUUAAGAUUACUAAAUGUAAGUAAAUGUAUAUGUGUGCAUAUGCAAUAAAUGAUGUAAUAGUUCCAAUUUAUGAUUAAAAAAAAUAGAAGAAAUGUACGAAUGUGAAA